UUGUAAUGUAUGUAGAGGGUCCCUGUCGCAACUCCACCACCACUCGACGUGACCGACACGAGACUUGGCCUACUUUUCUUUUCCCCUCUUAUUCACGAAGCUUCAAAGUCCCCUCCAGAUUUAGACCUUCUUCUUCCCGUCACACUGCCAUGGCCUCCUCCGGCAGCAGCGGAUGCCCCACCCAGCCACACGUGGCGUUCGUCGCAUUCCCCUUCGGCACCCACGCCGCUCCGCUCUUCGCCCUAGCCCGCGCCGUCGCUUCCGCGGCACCCGGCACGGCCGUGUCAUUCCUCAGCACCGCCCGGUCCCUCGCGUCCCUCCCCCGCGCCGAGGGGCUCGGAAACAUCCGUCUGGUCCCUGUGGCCGACGGGAGGCCUGAAGGCGCAGCGGAGGUGCCGCCACCGGGGGGCAUCGAGGAGCUGAUCGGGAUGUUCCUGGCGGCGACGCCAGGGAACUUGCGGGAGGCGCUGGGCGCCGCGGCGGCCGGGGCCGGGGGAAUCCCGGUGGGCUGCGUGGUGAGCGACGCGUUCAUGUGGAUGGCGGGAGACGUGGCGGAGGCGGCGGGGGCGCCGUGGGUCGUGUUGUGGACCGGCGGGCCCGCGGGGCUCGCCGCUCAUCUCCACACCGAUCUUCUACGCGACGCCAUCGGUGUCGGGGAACGAGCCAUGACCCGCUUUAAGGAGCAGCUUCACUCCAUUCCCGUUCUCUCCGCUCACCGGGUCUGCGACCUUCCCGAGGGAAUCGUCUUCGGCCCCCUUGACGCCCCGGUAUCUUGCCUUGUCCACCGCAUGGCCCAGAGCCUCCCCAAGGCCGCCGCCGUCCUUCACAACACCUUCGAGGGCCUUGACCCGGCCAUCGACGCCCACUUCUCAGCCACAUUCUCCAGGAGCCUGCCCGUCGGCCCCCUCCAUCUUCUCGCGCCGCUCGCCCACCCGACGCCGGACCCGAACCACUGCCUCCCCUGGCUCGACCGCCACGCGCCCGCCACCGUGGCUUACGUCAGCUUCGGCUCCUUCAUGGCCCCGCCGCCUGCCGAGAUGACCGAGCUGGCUGAGGGGUUGGAGGCCAGCGGGGCGGCGUUCCUCUGGUCGCUCAGAGACGAGGUCAUGGGGCUCCUGCCGCCGGGGUUCUCGGAACGAACCAAGGGGAGGGGCCUGGUGGUGAGCUGGGCGCCGCAGCUGGACAUCCUGCGGCACGCUGCGGUGGGAGCCAUCGUGAUGCACUGUGGGUGGAACUCGGUGGUGGAGGCCAUCACCGCCGGGGUGCCAAUGGUGUGCCGGCCCUUCUUCGGGGACCAGAGGCUGAACGCGAGGUUCAUCUUCCAGGUGUGGGAGAUCGGAGUCGAAUUCGAAGGCGGAGUGAUGACGAAGGAGGGAGUGGUGAGGGCUCUGGAGGCGGUGUUGAAGGGCGAGGAGGGGAAGCGGAUGAGAGUCAAAGCGGGCGAGCUCAAGGCCAUGGCGACGCGGGCAGUGCAGCCCGGGGGUAGCUCGUCGGUCAACUUCAACAGGUUCUUGGAUCUCGUUUGAUGUGACAAUGAAAUCAAUUAGAGCCAAAUAAGCCUAACAUGCUGAUGUGCUCCAUUUCACAACGUUAGUUUAAGCCAAUUUAGCUUCUUCAUCA